AUGCUAUGGACUCUUCCGAGGCCAAGUCACGGUGGCCUUCACAACGUCGUCUACCCCGAGCGUCGCGUGCUUGCGAAACCUGCCGUUCUCGCAAGACUAAGUGUGAUCAAGCUCAGCCGUGCUCAUAUUGUGCAUAUCACUCAUUUAACUGUGUCUACCGUACAUCUGGUGGUAGAGGAACCGCAAGGCAACCUCAUUCACAAAGAAAACGGGUUGCCAGAGCGUCACAAGAAAGAUUCGCCCGCCUCACUAGCCGGGCAAGUAUCACGAUCCUUUCAGCCAAUCGGUCCCCUUGGAUCGACUCCCGAGACACUCACAACAGCAACUGAACAUGAUGAAGAAUAUGAUGAAUCCGCACGUUCAGAGGUUGGCGACGCCGCAGGUAGAGAUGGUCUAAGUGGAGUUAACCUCCAUACCAAGGGGACUGAGUUCUAUGGAAAUUCAUCAAACCUGGCAUUCCUCGGAAACCUCUUCGCAAGGGCACAAAACCAAUCUGAAGGGCGUGAUCCAGUCAUUCAAGAUAUCGCACCGAAAAUCACAAGAGCACAGCCAUCCUCACCUGAGAACAGAUCCACAUCGGGGAAAUCACAGCUUUCUAUUGUGAACUUGCUUUACAAUGCUGACUACACAGGGCAUCUUUCGCCGCAAUCCUAUACCGGCACAGAGGGUGACUCACACAGAAGCUUCUCAUAUGCAAAUGCGCGGAGGAGUGAAGCGGGCCCUUCCGGUGACUCACAAGAAAGCGGUGGGUUGUCUGCAUUAUUCACCCGAAUUUCUGAUGGAGCACAGUUGGAAAUCGAAAAGAUUUUCAUUGGAAGCUACUUCACAAAUAAACACUACAUUCACCCGAUCUUAUCCAAAGGGUCUUUUAUGCGACGCUGCGAGCGUGAAGUAUGGCCCUUUUCUCGAAGAGCCGGACUCUUUCGCAGUAUCACGAAAUUUGCAGGUCUUUACUUUGCCGUCGUUGCACUGGGUGCUAUCAAUGCUAGUCCGAAUGAGACCGGUCUGUUGGAUCAUUUCCAGCAGCCUGCGGAUCCGGAGGAAACUGUACCAGCUACUCAUUUCUCUGCUCUGGACUUUGCGAAAUUCUACUUUGAAAUCGCAAAGGUGGCUCUUCGUGAUAUGUUUGAAAGUAGUUGUCUGGAGACGGCUCAGACAUUGUUGCUUUUGAGUAUUUUCCGGCAGAAUUCCCUGCAGCCUCAUAGCUGCUAUAUGUACAGUGGGAUGGCUGUUAGAACAGCUGCGGCGAUUGGACUCGCUUCGAGCAUGUCUUCGUUACCGCCCAGUCAAAGGCGAGAGGCGAAGCGCACAUGGUGGUGUAUCUACUCGCAUGAAAUAGAAAUGUCCUGCUCAUCAGGUCGCCUGGAUAGCAUGAAAGAGCUAAAGUACUACCAGGUCUCUCUUCCCAAGCUCAAGAUCAAUUACGGAGACCUCGAUCCUGACGCCGAAGACAACGACGUAGCCAUGAUCCCAGUCAUGGUAUCCCUCGCACAGAUAAUGUCUGAAGCAUCCCACCAACUCUACCACUCAGCACAACGCUCUCUAAGCGAAAAAUCACGUCUAGCAAUGAUCCUCGACGCACGACUCCUGGAAUGGAAAGCCAACAUCCCAGCGUUCCUGACUCUAGACGCACAACCCCUCAGCGAUCCAGAAUGGGCGUUCAAACAGAAGCUCGUUCUAAGACUGAGAUACUACAACACUCGCAUCUUGAUCCACAAACCAUUCCUCGUCGCAUCAACCACAAAUGCCGAAUCGAAUGAGUUCAGACAACAUAUACACUUAUGUCUCGAAGCAGCCCGGAUGAGCAUCAAAAUGCAAUACGAGUCCUUCAUGCAUCGUAUCUACAUCCGAACCUGGUGGUACAACACAACCUACGCCCUCUACGGCUCCAUGAUCCUCCUCCACCUCAUCCUCUCCAAUUUCCCCGGUCUACCAGACGACCUUAUCGAAGACGUAGAGAAGUCCCUCGAGAUCUUCUCUUCUAUGGAUGAUAUAAUCGUAGCCCGACGCUGCGCCGAGAUGCUCCGUGAAGUCCUCGAUGUAGCGCGUACAUGUCUUGCGCGCAGAAAACAGAGUGUAGCUCCUGUGCAGCCAUUGUAUUCCGCUGGACCCGAGGGUAUGCGGGCGUCAAUUGGGUCUGGCUCCCUUUCAAAUUCUAAUUCUAAUGCUGGGGGUCCGUCUGGGGCUACAGUGAAUGACUUGAGUGUACCGGUGGCGGUACCGCAGCUUUCGUUUGAUGCGGCGCCUCUGUUACCGGAGCAGGGCCAGCCUGAUGAUGAUUUUUUCUUUUCGUUAUUUAGUCGGGAUCCGCAGCAGCAAUCUGAUCGGACGAGGGCGGAGAUGUUGGCUAAUUUGGUGGAUCCGUCUAUUUUGGAGGAUUUUGCAUUUGGGGGGCAGGAGUUUUCGCUUUUUUGA